UGACGGUCAUGGGAGUGUACCUGCUCAUGCUGAACAUGUCGCGCUGUCAGGGAAUGCGCUCCCAAAUCUCUGGAAAUGACAUAUAUGAUUUAAUGUGAUGUCCGGACGGAAUAAAAAGGACGCCAAAAAUUCGGGAAAAAGAAGUUCGGCUCGGCUGUGAAUAACUGAAUGCGAUGAAGAAUUUGGUCUUGAUGGCGAAGUGCACGUAAACUAUGGACGGUUAUGAUGAUACUCUGUGUCGCCUACGGUGUGUUUAAGGUGCCGGGGCGAGGCAUCAUGCGAUCUACUUGAGCGUGAUUGUUCCAACUGGAGGUUACAGGAUGCCGGUGCAGGCAGCUCAAUGGACUGAGUUUCUAUCCUGCCCCAUCUGCUAUAAUGAGUUUGACGCCUGCAGCCACAAGCCCAUCAGCCUGGGCUGCUCGCACACCGUCUGCAAGACCUGCCUGCACAAACUGCACCGCAAGGCCUGUCCAUUUGACCAGACGGCCAUUAGCACUGACAUUGAUGUGCUGCCUGUCAACUGUGCCCUCCUGCAGCUGGUGGGGGCGCCGGUUCCGGAGGGAGAGAUUGUGAGUGUGGGCAGUGUUGAAGACACGAGACAUUAUGAAGUGUGCAGGAUCUGUGUGGAGGAGCUGGCGCUGUAUCUUAGACCAAUCAGUGGAGGAAAAGGUGAGAUCAGUAGUAGAUUUAGUGUCCUCAGUAGACCCAUGCAGAGGAAGCUGGUGACCCUGGUGAACUGCCAGCUGGUUGAGGAGGAGGGGCGAAUGCGUGCAGUCCGGGCGUGCAGAUCUCUGGGUGAGCGCACCAUCACUGAACUGAUCCUGCAGCACCAGAACCCACAGCAGCUCUCCGCUAACCUAUGGGCCGCUGUGCGGGCACGCGGCUGCCAGUUUCUAGGACCUGCCAUGCAGGAAGACGCUCUGAAGCUGGUGCUGCUGGCUCUGGAGGAUGGCUCUGCUCUCUCGCGGAAGGUUCUGGUGCUGUUUGUGGUGCAGAAACUGGAAGCACGGUUCCCUCAGGCGUCUAAGACCAGCAUUGGUCAUGUAGUGCAGCUGCUGUACCGUGCCUCCUGCUUUAAGGUGACCAAACGUGACGAAGAUUCCUCACUCAUGCAGCUCAAAGAGGAGUUUCGCACGUAUGAAGCCCUGCGCCGUGAACACGAUGCUCAGAUCAUUCACAUCGCCAUGGAAGCAGGACUGCGUAUCUCACCGGAGCAGUGGUCGUCUCUGCUGUACGGGGAUCUCAUGCACAAAUCUCACAUGCAGUCAAUCAUAGACAAGCUUCAAUCCCCAGAAUCCUUUGCAAAGGAGCUCACCGCCAACCUCAACAGCCUCAGAGCUCCUCUCGAGCGGCUAGCCGGCAUCGACCACAACCCUGAUGCGGCCUCUCCAUCCUGGACAGAGCUGGAGAGUGUGUUAUUGGCUGUGAAGGUUGUUGUCCACGGGCUGGUGGAAUUCAUCCAAAACUUCUGCAAAAAGAGCAAUGAAAGCCCCCAGGCUCAACCCAACAGCAAGUACAAGACGAGUAUGUGCAGGGACUUACGGCAGCAGGGCGGCUGCCCAAGAGGGGCCAGUUGCACUUUUGCCCACACGCAGGAGGAGCUCGAGAAGCACAGAAUGAGGAAUAGGAAACCCAGCGGGGCGGUGAGGCCCUUCCUGUCAGUUCCAGCGGUUAUGCCCAAAACCGGCACCAAAGGAGCAGUCCCAGGGUCAGAGGUGAAGAACCACGAGAAAGACGUCCCAGAGGAUGCGUCUCCUACUCAGCUCAUCCCAAGAGGAGGAGACCACCAGGAGGACAAAACUCUCCCCAAUAGUGCUAACGGACUGCCUGCUGCCAGCCUAGAACAAAUUCCCAUCAGUCGGAGCCAGUCCUCUGCGAUAGCUUCGGGAUUGUGUACAGAGGACGACUGUGGUCUCCUCAAACAUGGGCCUGUCCUCACGAGAGCUCAUCCUAAGAUUUACUACUCUCAGGACCAGAGACCAUAUGACCUGUCACCCUACCACCAACCUGCCUUUCCUCCUCACAAGUCAUGCAACGCUCGUUUCCAUCGUUCCAGCAACGUGCCCGAAUCCAUGUUACCCCCUUCAGUGGGCCCUCUAUACCCAGAUCAGCACCCCUCUAUUCCUCCUGCAGACAGAUUAGGCCCCGCCCCGUAUGGGCCACCCUCGACCUACACCUCUAUGUCCCACGCACAUGGCAUGUACACCCCAGUCUACGACAGCAGGCGCAUGUGGAGGCCGCCGCUGUAUCCCAGGGAUGGCGGGAGGAGUAACUCUCUCCCUCCGGAGGUUUUUCAUUCCACCGUCUACCAGCCGCCCCUCCGGGAGCGCUUCAACUCGCUGGACAGCCCCUACUGCAGCACAGCGGAGCAGAGAGUGGCAAUGCACAGGGACGCGUACAACCGUGUUCCUCUUGGCUAUGAGGAACUCUAUCGCCACAAACAGGAACAGUGGGUACAUCACCACAGCAACAUGAACAGGCCCUCCCAGUCCUCCCCAGUCUUCACUGUGGAUGUGUGUCCAGAGCAUCCUGAGGGUGUAGGUGGUGGGCGUAUGACUUGUAAGUGUCAUGGUGGAGAAGAGAGCCUUGCCCACUAUUCGCCCUGGUCGUGCAGCACCAUCAGCCCAUUUGAGUCAGAGCCCCACCAUUUGUCAACCCACUCCUGUUCCAAACAGCUAGACGGGGAGAGUGGCGGCAAACGGUGGCUGCACAUGUUCGAGCCCUAUAGGCGACUGAAAGAUGAAGAUCCCAUCAUUCCUUUUGGAGAGGGGCCCAUCAUCUCUAAAUGGGGAGCCAUCUCCCGCGCUUCCCGCACUGGCUUUCACACCACUGCCCCGGUCCAGGCCACUGCAUCGCAGAGGUGCUCCGGCACCACUUCAGUCAACUUCAGAGACUAUAGCUGUCAUAUUGGUCACAGUGACCUCAGAUGGGGCCCACGUGGUUCUGACUCUUCUAGUCACUCCAGCUUUCUAGAAAGCGAUCAGCUGGCCAUGUCAGGGCUGCAUGUAAGGCAUAAUUCCUUCAGCAGCGGGUCAAAGCAGGGCACAGAUCUGCUGGGGAAGGAUGGGAUGGAGAGUGAGCCUGACAGAGACAUUGAGCUGGAGCUGUCUGCUCUGGACAUGGAGGACACAGAGACACAGGACUGCAACUCUGAGGACUCUAUGGAAACGCAAAGCCGCUUCCAGAACAACCACCUCUCUACAGUCUUCUGUGAUCCAGUGGCAAGUUCUCAGUUGGAAAACAACCUGCCUGACAGAAUGGAAGCCCAUCUUAUGAAGAAGAUGGCAUUCAGAAAGGCCCUCUCUCCUGGAGACCUCAGUAUGGGGAAGAUGCUGAUGAGGACAUGCUCGCCCAGGCCUGGAGACCCUCCGCGGCCCAAUCCAGGACCUGAGAUGCUGCUAAACGGGAACUAAGGGGGGCUGAAAACACCAGUCCUCCUCAUGUUCUAAUUCCAUGUGGUCAUGCCAAGAAUCCACCAUCCUCCUUAGGUAGAAGGUUGAGUUGCCCUUAUAGGAGUCAAUCAAGGCAGCGAGACGCAGCCGAAAGCCUUCUGUAUUCAUGUGUUCUCUUCAUAAGAGUUAGCUAUGCCCUGUAAUUGUAAUCACUCAUCAUCUGUUCAGAGUCAGUUUGUUUUUCUUAAUCACUGCUUGUGGAUGAAUGUUCACGUUGAGUCACAACUCCACCUCAGGUAGCUCUCGACGUCAGCCAAUCAGAACUCUCUCCAAGCCAGGAAACCAAUUACCCAUGUCCCGUAACUCUGUACAGAAGUGACGGUUCUCACUAGCUUUUAGCACACUGAGGAAACCAUAAUCUACUGUAUGAUCAUUAUAUAGCGGACUCUUCCAAUAUAUAUUAAGAAUAACCAAGGUGCUUGGAAUCUAUAGUACAUGCAUUUUUAUUAAUAUUAUUGCAGUCUUAGCCACUGAAAUGUUAUGUGCAUUAAUUGUUUGUUGGGCAUCAUUGUUUGAAAAAAACAUUCAUUGAUCAUUGUUUAAUGUAUGUGUGUGCAUUGUGGUAUAUGUCUGGUAUCUCUAAGAGACAUUUCACAGGCAAUCAAUCAAUAUUUUGUAGAAAUAUUCAAAAGAAACAGUUCACCCAGAAAUGAAAAGUCUGUCAUUCUGAUCACAGCUUAAUCACUGAAAAUCCCCCCAUUGGCAGUGUUGUAGUCGAGACCAGCUUGUUCGAGUCCAAGUCCAGGCCACCCGUGAAUAAUUACGCCGAGUCAAGACCAAGACCAGAAGAGGGUUGAGUCUGACUCAGAGUCGUAAAAGACUCCAGAAGAGGGCCGAGUCCAAGUUAAGACAGCGACCAGAAGAUGGGCAAGUCUGAGUCAAGACAGAGACCAGAAGAAGGCUGAAUCCUAGUCAAGACAGAGACCAGAAGAGGGCUGAAUCCUAGUCAAGACAGCGACCAGAAGAGGGCAGAGUCUGAGUCAGGACAGAAACCAGAAGAGGAUUGAGUCUGGGUCAAGACAGAGACCAGAAGAGAGUCACAUCUGGGUCAAAGCAAACACCACAACAGGGCAGAGUCUGAAUCAAUAAUGAGACCAGAAGAGGGCCGAGUCCGAGUCAAGACAGAGACCAGAAGAGGGCCGAGUCCGACUAAAGACAGAGACCAGAAGAGGGCCGAGUCCGACUAAAGACAGAGACCAGAAAAGUUGGACUCGUGUACUACAACACAGAAUUUUGGUCAUUUUUGGGUGAGCUGUAUCUUUAAUAGCUACAAACAACAAAUAGCACAACAGAAUUUCACAGUUCAGUCUUGUUUGAGGAUGUGGAAUUGUUUAGUGUGUAUGAAACGGCUAAUACAGUGACAGUUCCUGUCUGUUGUUUACAAUAGUCAAAAGGUCACUUCGGUUUUUGUUUUUUGCUGUUGUUUAUUCCUGUAGUUUCAGUUUAAAGGAUACAGAUGAUUAGACGGAGUUUUAGGGUUCUUUAUUUUCCAAAAUUGUUUUCCCUUAUUUUAUUACAAAACAUUGCUAACUUCCAUGAAGUUGUUGGGAUAUUUUGUAUCAGUUUUUAAUUGUUUGGUCAGCAUUUUGAAAGUACAAUCAACCCUACAGUAUCUACAAACCAUCACAUGUUUUUGAGGAUUAUUUCCUGCUUGAUUAAGAGUAAAUAGAAGAAAAAUAAUCACAAUAACUCCAAAACUGCGGAUGUUUGAAUGUAGUUUUGUGCACUGUAGUGUUCCUCAAAGGAGAUGAAAACUGUGUAACAGCAUAUAGAAAGCUCUCCUAUUUAAAAUAGCAUUUCAGUAUUUCAUUUAUGACAGGAUUGUUUUUUUGUUUAAUAUUUUUCUCCGGUCACUGAUUUGUCUUUUGUUAAAUGUGUUGCCUGGACCAGUUAAGUUUGUGUAUAUUUGAAUGUGCAUAUUGUCUUAAGCCUGAACAAAAUAUGAAUAUGAAUGCAUUAUCACUUAAGACUGUUAAUCACGGUUUUACUUAUGUGGUAUUAGUGCUUUUCCACUGAAAUGAGAAAUGUGAAGUGAAUAUUCCUGGUCUAGGCUCAAGCGCUGUCUCAUUAAAUCUCAUUUUGCCUCCUGCAGUCAAAGUGUUUUUCAACAGGCAAUGCUACAGCUGCACCUUCCAGCGAAUAAUUUUUUUUGCGAAAAGCUUUUUGAACGAUAUACAGAAAUGUGUUGAUUUUUAAUGGAUGAGUCCUAGUGUGUUUAAGCAUAACAGCUUGUUGAUUUAGUGUACAUGUAAAGAAUUUUGCCUUUAAUUUUGGUUUAUAUUCUAUUUGUUCGAUAUGAGAGUUUUAAAAAUGGCGCUGGGUUGGUAACAAUACAAGUUUCCUUUUGAAUUUUCUCGCUAGCUAUCAAAUGGCCUUUUUCCUUUUUUUAUCACCCAUUGCGAUGCAGCAAAGCCUUAUUAGUACAUGUUCGACUCGUUUAUCUGCCCAGCUCAGCCCUGUAUCAUGCAUGCUGCCUUUGGCAAAGAGGUUCUUUGGCAAAGGAAGCAUGAUUGUGUAGUUGUGUCACACAACACCCCAGUGCUGUGAGUGUCCUGCACUGUAUCUUGCAUUUUACUCACCUCCUAUAGCACUUACUUUCUGCUCUUAUGGAUUAAUAUCAGGAUUAUGAUUGUUAUUGUUUUAUAUCCAUAGUUCUGUAGUUUUCUUUCCUUUGGAAAUGUCAGUUUUGUUUGCAUUUAAAUUUUAAAAAUUUGCUUAGCUGUAAUAAUGGGGCAGGACGUAUUUGGUUGUGAUGAUGCUUGUUUUUGUCCUGUGUGCAACUGCAAAAACGAACUGAUGUGUUGGAUACUUUUACGUCUGUAUUAGACAUUUUAUUUGCAAAUCUAUUGUUCGAUUCAAUUGUAAAUGAAUAGAAGAUGGGCAUCCGUCAUUUUAUAUAACCAGAGCCAUCAUUAGAUGGACAUACUGCACAUUUUUAUGAUAUAUAAUCAGAUAUAUGAGGCUAUUUAUGGUCACAGAGAGAAAGAUUCUAAAAGUCAGGAAUAUCUUUUGAUGAAAUAAUAGUAGAAAUUAUUUAUAUUGCAUUUGUUUCUUUUUAAAUACCACCGGGCAAAGAUUUCCCUUUUGCUUGUGGCAAUGCAAGCACGGUCAAUUCUUACUGGUUUUUUGUUUGUUAUUGCUCUUGUAUCUUGGCUAAGCUUGGCUCUGAUAUGUAGGGCAAGCUGGUGAGAUGAGUCUAAAGGUCAUGACAUGUAGUUGCAUGCCAAGAUAAUAAACAGUUACAUCGUUA